CUCUUUGUUUUUUGGCAGAGCGUGCGUGCAGGGUAUCCUCCUGUUUUUCUAAUUAAACGUUUUCUGAUUCUAAAGUCUGUGAUGUCAGACUGUGAUUCCUCCUGCCAGUCCCAACAGAUGAAUAACCGACUCUGUGAAGGAUGUGAGUGUUCAGAGGAUGAAGGCAGGAGGCUGAAGAAGAGAGAGAAGAACAGAGUUGCAGCUCAAAAAAGCAGGAAGAGACAAACCCAGAGAGCCGACGUGCUGCAUGAGGCCUGUGAGCUGUUGGAGCAGAGGAACAGAAAGCUGAGGAGAGAGGUGGAUUCUCUGUCAGAGGAGCAGCACCUGCUGACUGAAGCUCUCAGAGCCCACGAGCCCCUCUGUCCCAUCAUGCACUGCUCCUUCACCUCCUCCAGCCUGCAGCCUGAUGACAUGGCAGCCUGUUCUGUCUGAGUCAAACAGCAGAGUUUCUGAGCUCAGUGACCUCCUGGAUGUCUAAACCAUUGAUCUAAACUGACAGCUUUACCAGUGAACCUCUGGAGGGCGCUGUUGACCGUGAUCACAGAUGAAGUGCUGCUGAUCUCUGGUGGCUGAGCUGAUGAUCACAGUGAACAGUGUCCUCUGGUGGUUCAUGCAGCAGCUCCUGUCCAUAAUGUAAAUAUAGCAAGUCUGCCUAAACGUGCACGUCUCCUUCAAAAUUAAACAUAACAUUUAGAGUGUU